AUGGAAUACAUCUUGGUCACCGGCGGCGCCGGUUAUAUUGGGUCCCAUACCACCGUCGAGCUCAUCAACAACGGCUACAACGUCGUCAUUGUUGAUAACCUCUGCAACUCAUCCUACGACUCUGUCGCUCGAAUUGAGUACAUUGUGGGGAAGAAAGUUCCCUUUGUCAAGUGUGACUUGCGUGACACCGAUGCCCUCAGCCUGGUGUUUGAACAGUAUAAGAUCACCGGCGUGAUCCACUUCGCCGCUCUUAAAGCGGUGGGGGAACUGGUGAAGAUGCCGUUGGCCUACUACGAGAAUAACUUAAGUGGUACCGUCAAUUUGUUGGAAGUGAUGAAGAAGUACCAAGUGAAGACGAUUGUGUUCUCGUCGUCGGCCACCGUCUACGGUGACGUCACUCGUUUCGGUGAUGAUCGCUACAUCCCCAUCCCUGAAGAUUGUCCCAUGGACCCCACCAACCCUUAUGGCCGGACUAAGUUCAUGAUGGAGUGUAUUCUCAAGGACAUUUACCAAUCGGAACCAGAGCAAUGGCGUGUUGCUAUCUUGCGCUACUUCAACCCCAUUGGGGCGCACCCCCUGGGGAUCAUUGGUGAGGACCCCUUGGGUAUCCCCAACAACUUGUUGCCGUUUUUGGCUCAAGUGGCUAUUGGCAGACAGCCCAAGCUCAGAGUGUUCGGCUCAGACUACAACUCUCACGACGGUACUCCCAUCAGAGACUACAUCCACGUGGUUGACUUGGCCAAGGGCCACAUUGCUGCGCUCAACUACCUUGAAAAGCAACUGAGCUUGUACCGCGAAUGGAACUUGGGCUCGGGCAAGGGCUCCACCGUUUUCGAUGUUUACCAUGCGUUUUGCAAAGCUGCUGGCAUGGAACUCCCCUACGAAGUCGUUGGCCGUCGUGCAGGUGAUGUGCUCGAUUUGACGGCUAACCCCACUCGAGCCAACAAGGAGCUUGAAUGGAAGACUGAGCUCACUGUGGACGAAGCUUGUGUCGACUUGUGGCGCUGGACGACCCAAAAUCCUUAUGGUUACAACAUCAAGGACUACAAGUACGCUGCUUUCGACACUUCUCGCAUCCACCACAUCACGAAGGGUAACUUGGACUUGGCCAUCCUCAACUACGGCGCUACUAUCCAAUCCCUCAAGUUCAAUGGUCAAGAACAGGUUCUUGGGUUCAACGAAUUGAGCGACUACCAGUCGGACGCCAAUCCCUAUUUCGGUGCUACAAUCGGACGUUAUGCUAAUAGAAUCAAAGGAGGUGAGUUUACUGUUGACGGCAGUAAGUACCAGGUGACUACUAACAACAACAACAACUGCUUGCAUGGUGGUAGCAAGAACACCUGGAACAAGGCCGAGUGGUUUGGUCCUGCCAUCUACACCGAAAAGGAUUCCUAUGUAUUGAAGUUUAAGUUGGUGGAUUCAAAGAGUGAAGACGGGUUCCCUGGAGCGGUUGAGGCUAUCGUCACCUACACCAUUCUGGAGCUGAACAAGGUUUCGAUUGAAUACCAAGCUACCACCGGCACCAAGACCCCUUUGAAUGUCACCAACCACACCUACUUUGCCGUCGAUGGAUCGCUGACUAUUGAUGACUUAAACGUCACUUUAAAUGCUCCUAACAAAUUGAAACUUGAGCUGGGCUUACCCACGGGCACAAUCGAAGAAGCUAAGCAAACUGAGCUCAAACCACUCAAGGAUGUCAAAUUGGACGACUACUUUGUCGUGUCUACCGACUCGAAACUUGACACUCGUCAAUCUGCACUCAAACAAGUGGUGCGAGUUGCUGGCAAAAAGACUACUUUGAUUGUGCUGACCACUGAGCCAGGCUUCCAAGUGUACACUGGUGAUUUCAUCAAUGUGGGAGACUACAAGUCUCGUUCUGGCUUGGCGAUUGAACCUUCUCGUUUCGUUGAUGCUAUUAACAAUGACCAGUGGAGCUCUCAAGUUUUGGUUUCGAAGGGCGAAACCUACGGGUCCAAGAUCGAGUAUCAUUUUUCCUGA